CGGCCUUUGUUCAUGCGAUGAAUGGCUAGCUCGACCUUUCAUUAUCGCUGCACGAAACAAGGCAGUCAAACAUGGCUACGGUAUCAGGCAAAAAAGGGAAGAAGGUCAAAAAGACCAACAAGCUGUCGCUGGGAGAGUUCCUUACCGAUGGAAAUACGGCCGUGCUGAAUCAGGUGCAGAUCUCUGUGCCGGUCAAGCUGAGCGACUGGGGCGAGGAUGGUGAGGACGAUGACGACGACCGCGGUGUGCGCACGCAGGUUAUCGCGCUGCCGACGGCGCCCCGCGCCACCCGCAUCCUGAACGAUGACUCCAUACCGCAGCACCCACCGUUCUCCAUAUACGUGUCGAACUUGCCUUAUGACAUCAAUGAGGAGGACCUCUAUGAAAUAUUUGCCGAUCAGGAGAUCGUGGCGAUGUCGCUGCCGCGCGACGACGGUGACUCGCGCCGGCUGCGCGGGUUCGGCAACAUCGAGUUUGCCACGCGAGACGACCUCAUCGAGGUGCUGGCGAUGCCGGAGCCGAUGGUGCGCAACCGUCGCAUCCGCAUCGGCCCGUACAACGAGAACGAUACCAAGCGGCGCAACAACCGCUAUGACAACUUUUCCUCAUCCGACAGAGACGGCGAUCGGCCGUCUUCCGGAAACUGGCGCGAUCGCCCAGACCGUGGCAGUGGCGGCGGGGGUGAUCGUGACGGAGGUGGCAUGCGCCGCAGCGGUUACAACAGUGGCGGCGGCGGCGGCGGCUACAAUCGCGACCGGGAGGAUCGAUCGGGUGAUUCGUCCGGUGGUGGCGGAAACUGGCGUACCGAUAAUCGGCCCCCGCUGCCGCCACCGCUCUCGCCCGGUGCCAACCGUCGUAACUACGACCGAGACAGAGGAUCCGGCGAUGGUGGAUUCCGUCGUCAGCCGGAGUCACGCAUGACACGCCCGCGCGAACCCGAGGUGCCGAUGGAGCGUCCGAAGCUGGUGCUGCAACCCCGCACACUCCCACUGCCCGAGCUGCCGAAGCCGCGGCCUGAAUCGGACGAUGACUCGAAGAGCGAAGCUGGCUCCGGGGAUGGCAGCGGCGAUUCGAUGCCGUCGCCGCCAAGGCCACGCCCGACGCCGGUGCCUGCGGCAAAGGUGUUCGGCGACGCAAAGCCGGUCGAUACGGCCGCGCGCGAGCGCGAAAUCGAGGAGCGGUUGCGGGAGAAGGAGCGGCUCGAGCGCGAGGAGCGCCAGCGUAAGAAGGAGGCCGAAGCGCUGGCCGCUGCAGCCGCUCGGGAGUCCGAGGACGCAGCCAAGGCUGGUGUGGAGGGAGCGGAUAAGGAAAACAUUGACACGGACAAGGAGAACAACGCCAGCAAGCACAAAGGUGAUGACGCGGCUGAGGAGGUGGUGAACUGGCGAGUGCGCAAACCCGACGACGAAACUAACAAAGAGGACCGCAGGACAGACAAUCAGCAGAACAACCGGGGUACGAAUCCCCCAGUCCAGAGAAACGGUGUUCCCACCGGCCGAGAUUAUCCGCGUGACCGCGACACUCGCGAUCGCGCUCCCCUCCCUCCUCCAUCACGCGAUGGGGUUCGAGCCGGAGACAACAAGGAUCGGCCAGCAAAACCAUCACAAGAAAAAGACCCGAAACUACUAGAAGAACGUAUGCCCAAGUUUCAGGAGCCCACAGGACCGAACUUGUCGAUGAAGAACACCUUCGAUGGACUCUCAGCCGAUGAGAUAGACGACUGAGAGAAUAACAAAACCACCCUGAUCACCACCACCACCACCAACACCACCACCACCACCACCAGCUGACCUUCGGCGGAUGAGCUCGUUGUUAGUUAAAAGAAGGCAUAUAAAAAGCACUAAUUACAAUUCAUCUUCGAAGGGAAUCGGAUCUGCGUGUACGCGUCACUGCGUUGACUGCGCCCUGGAACAAUGCGAAGCUUGCGUUGCGGCAUUGUGCUCGUCUUUUUUUUUGUUUUGUUUAAAACCUAUAGAAAUAGUAAGGGAAAAGAAAGUAUCAAAGUACUAGCAAAAAAGAAAUAAUCUUAUAAACCACUAAGGAAACAGGAAAAAGAAAUGCUGAAUGAAAUGAUCAUAAAAUGCUUUGUAAAGUAAAGUAAAAAAAAAAACAACCACACAACAAUAAUAAACGUCGGGACUUCUCCAAAAAACCCCCGGGGAGGACAAAGACUGAA